UGUAGAAAUCGCUGUUAUCUCAACCCGGAUGCUGUGCUACAACUAUCUAUAAUUUUUGCCCAGUGCGCAGCGCUGUAGACACAGCGAGGAGGCGGAAAUAUUUCAGUACCCUUGAAGCGGACAGCUCUCCGGAUCCACACUCUCCUGACUGCCGGAGCUCUGCAUCCGAACCUGCAGAGCAAGAGGAAUUUCAGUCAUACUGAAGCUAGGGGAGGGUUUAACCACAUCACGAUUUUAGUUCGUGACAACUGCACAAGCCGCUGUGGAAGGGUGAGAAGUAGGGAGUGAAAAGGGGGGGAGCAGAGUACCAUCACUACAGAGAGAGAUGGCGGAGUGCGGGCGGAAGGCGCUGUCUCUCCUGGAAGCGGCCCGCUCCCGGUACGAGAGCCUGCAGAUAUCCGACGACGUGUUCGGCGAGUCCGGGGACGACAGUAGUGACAAUCCCUUCUACAGUACCUCCGGAGACUCCGACUCCGAUAACUACAUGGCCGAAACGGGCGAGGGAGAUCAGCAGCAGCACCAACACCACCACCACCACCACCAAAAACGAGGCGACAAGGAGAGUGGGCACAGCGGGAGUAGUGGAGCCGGUCCCCCGGGCGCGCUGUCCCGGAGUCAGGCGGAGGAGGAAGGCUGGACGGAGACUCUGCAGGAUGUCACGGUGCCGCCGUACAAAGAGACAUACGGCCCGGCUCAGAAGAUGCCGGCCACCGCCACUGCGUUGGACUUCUUCCAGCUCUUCGUUCCAGACAACUGCAUCCAAAACAUGGUCACUCAGACUAACAUGUACGCCAAAAAGUUCCAGGAGCGCUUCGGCUCGGAUGAAGUCUGGCGUCCCGUCACAGCCCAAGAGAUCAAGGCUUUCCUGGGCUUUGUCACCUCCACAAGUGUGCACCGCUGUGAGUCCGUACUCAGCAUCUGGAGCUCGGGUUUCUUCAGCAACCGGAGCAUCGCCUUGAAGAUGAGCCAGGCACGUUUUGAGAAGAUCCUAAAGUACUUCCACAUUGUUGCUUUCCGGCCGUCACAGGGAAGCAAUCAGGGCCUGUAUAAAAUCCAGCCCUUCCUGGACUCGCUGCAGCAGUCGUUUGGAUGCACCUUCAGGCCUUCACAGACACAGGUUCUCCAUGAGCCUUUGAUAGACGAGGAUCCAGUGUUCAUCACCACCUGUACAGAGAGAGAGCUGAGGAAGAGGAAGAAGAGGAAGUUCAGCCUCUGGGUUCGACAGUGCACCUCCACUGGAUUCAUCUGUCAGGUCUCGGUCCAUCUUAAGGAGGGUACAGACAGUCUGGCCACCUUGAAGAAUAAGCCUCAGCUCCACAGCCUGGUGGCCAAGCAGCUCUGCCAGAACAUCUCUGGAAAGAACACCAUCAUCUUCACGGGGCCGUCCAUCACCAGCCUCGGCCUCUUCACCGAAUUCAGCAAACAAGACAUCUACUGCUGUGGUCUGCUGAGCACCAGGAAGAGCGAUUGUACCGGUUUACCCCAAAGCAUGCUGGUCUGCGGAGCCACGCCAGCACAGCGUGGCCAAUCCCGAGUGAUGAUGAAGGGCAGCAUGUCACUGAUCAGCUGGUACAACAAGGGACACUUCAGGUUCCUCACCAACGGCUAUGCCCCCACAAAACAAGGUAUGAUCAUAAAGAGGAAAAGUGGCGAGAUCCCAUGUCCCUUGGCUGUUGAGGCCUUUGCAGCGCAUCUCAGCUACAUCUGCAAAUACGACGACAAGUACAGCAAGUACUUCAUCUUCCAUAAACCCAACAAGACGUGGCAGCAGGUGUUCUGGCUGAGCAUCAGCAUCGCCAUCAACAACGCGUACAUCCUCUACAAGAUGUCUGACGCCUACGCGGUUAAACGCUACAGCCGAGCGCAGUUUGGAGAAAGACUGGUCCGGGAGCUUCUGGAUUUAGACGACUGCUCCCCCACGCAGUGAGGAGGAGGACGAGGACUGCAGGAACACACUAACACACAAACACAAUCCCCCCACGCAUACACACAUUUACACUCCUGUACAGACUCUGCAAUGUGUCUAUGUGACGAUACUAAGGCAGUGCCAAGCUGAUGUCUCUCUUACUAUUUAGUUGUUCCCUGUGGUACUGUAACUACUCAUCAAGAAUCAUGAGCCAUGGGACUGGUCACACAUGCCUCACCUGUAACGUCUCUACACGCAGGAAUUUCUCAUCAGGAAAGAGAAGAAUGUUGGAACAAUGAAAAAAAGGGACAAGUUCAUCCUUAAAUGAUGUCAGCUCCAAGUUUAACUCCUAUCACAGAGUGAAGUAACUGAUAUGAGCCUGAGUCUCCUGUGUGAGAGUUCAAAGAUGUACGUUUGAGGCUAAAAGGCUCCAUGUAGCUCCAUAUCUACGCUCUACAAAAACACCUGUAACACAGCUUAGUAAACCAGGACUAUGGUGUGUGAUCCCACGAUGCAUGCAUGAAGAAUUCGGAUUGUGGUGUUCAGUUGUUCAGUGUGAAAAUGAUUUCUGCUCAAGGUUGGUUUUCAGAACUUGAUGUAUGUAUGUAUGUAUGUUUGUAUGUAUGUAUGUAUGUGUGUGUAUUUAGCAAGUGGACCUGCAAUUUGUGUGUGCGACAUUGAGCCUGAGGAUGUACAUGUACAGCUGUUGUGACCAGGAUGGGUUGUGAUGCUGUGUAUUGUUUUGCGCUAUAGAAGGACUGUCAGGUGACGUAAAGCCACAGCCGGCGUUUUGCCACCAACUCACAGCCUCCGACUUAAAAAGAGCCUAGAAAAGUUAUUUAAAAUAGACUUAAAGGCCCUUUAAACUGGAUAUCCAUUUUUUGAGUAUUUCUCUGUAACGGUUAAAAAAAAUCACUAAAAGAUAAAAAAUAAAUAAAUAAAUAAUUUAGACUUUAAAGUGUAGCUUACUUGUAUCAGUUUGUGUAGUUGUGCUUUGAUCAGAAAGCAUAAGUAAAGAACCACACAACCCUACAACUUUCAAUAGAUUUUGGACAUAUUUCUAAAUCUUGACAAAUGCACUUGUUAAUAAUAAUAAUUGGCCUUGUUUUUUAUACCAAAAAUCAUCAAAUUGGAAAGCCACUUUUGAAAAGCCCAGAGAAAAACACAAACAAACAAAGUCAAUGUAAAAUAACUAAGUCUUCUGAAAAUGUGCUCAUCUACAAAAUCACACCAAUCAUAGUGAUGUUGAGGAAACAGUUUUUCAGGGCCUUUAAUGAAAACAUAUCAAACAGUACAAUCACAUCCACAGCCUACUCUCUAACCAAUAUUUAAUCAGCAGAUGAACUCGUCUUAUUUCUCUUUUAUUACUCGUGUUGUUCACUGUACUUUGGCUUUGCGGGGCAGAACACGCUUAAAAUCCCUUUGAUUGCAAGCCCAGUAUAAGCUGGUGUUGCUUAGCAACAAGUUAAACCUGGGCCAGUUGGCACAGACUUGGGACAAUAUGUCUUGGCAAGAUUUAUACCCAGGAAGUAAAGACUGAAUCAGUAGUGGCUUUUUACAUGUACAGUAGGUCUGGAUUUUCCAGCGCUGACCUUUAUUUUAAUUCCUCAUUGGGAUCUUCAGACAUAAAAAUGUGUUAGUUGUAUAUUUUUUAUCUGGGGACUUGCGCAUGCAGUAACACUUAUGACUUUACUUUCUAUCUCCUAGAUUUUUUUUUGUCAUGUUUUGGAUAUUGCUGCACAUUUCUUGCCAAGUAACAGAUUGAAACCUGCCAUCUGGUGUCCGGCCAGUAGAUGUGUGAAUAAAAAGGGGUCAGGUUCAUCUUUUUUAAAUACACUCCCUAGACUAUAACACUCUACCACACUGCUGUCUGUGGCUUUAACGCUGCCUCCACAGUCCACUUUGCUCGUUGUUGUAAUGCUGGAAUCAUGUUGUGAAGAUUUAAAGUGAAAGAUUUUAAUGUGUGCCCGCUCAGUCAGCAUGGUCUGUAUGCAAGAUGAAGGUUUUGAGUUAUCGUGUGAUUCGCUUGCACGACUCAUGCACUUUUUCCCCCAUCACAGUCUGGCACUUUGAGGAGAUUGUAAAGUUAGAAAAAUGUUUAAUAGAUGAUCCUUCUAGUUUCUUUUUGAAGCCAAUGAUAGUAUACACUACUCCCAAAAGAAUAUGGAAAAUAUGAAUAGAUAAGUUCUGUAAAUAAUAGAUCAUCAAAAGGACUAUAGCAAAAAAAGUGACUGACAGUUAAUAACCAAAACAGUACGAUUUCCACCUUAGAUUUAGAGUACAUGGUACAGUAUGUAUGUGUAUAUUUUGUUUACAAAUUACUGUGACUGUACUUCCAUAAUCCCUCCGUCACUGAGACUCAAGAUUGUGAUUUUUUUAACUUUUUCACUAAUCCAAAGCAUCAUUGUUGUUAUUGUUGUUGCUCCGGCGUGUGUGAACCUCUGAAUGUUGUUGUCACGUGUCUAAUCACUGUUCACCUUGUAAUAACACUAAUUAUAUUAGGCGGCACCCUUAGCCUGUCAUAUCAUUGUAAACGCAUUGUUUAAAUACAGAAUUUAAAAUGAAAAAAACAACAUGUUUAGAAAGAGAUGUAUGUGUUGCAGCAAACCUGCUUUGUACGACCCUGCAGUGUUGUUAGGUGGUGAAUCCCCAUUACAUACCGACUUAAUGUUGCACUAACCUUUCUUCCUGUGAAACUUCAAAGUGUUUGAUAGAAGAAUUUGUUUAGCAUGGUUGCCUACAAGGGGAAAAGCGCUCUAAUGACCCACAGUAAUUUGUAGAAACGGGCUGCAAAUUCAGAAAGGUGCAAAUUCAAAAAUGUGUAAAAAGUCCAAAACAAAUGUAUCAACAGAACGCCGCUGCAAAUGAAAAAAAAAGUGCUGCAAAAAGUCACCAACCAGUGAUUGAUCGUAGAGUUUGAUAACAGGGAGUUACACUAGAGAAGUCAAGAGGUGAACAGCUGCUCUGAUGAGGUGAAUAGGACAAGGCAAGGAUGGGAGAGGAGAGAGAGGGAUGUUGGACAUCAAUUUGGGCUUACUGUCUCCAUAGACAUGAGCAGGGAUUUGUUGAAGGAAUCCCCAGAAUGAAAGGAGCCAGACCUCUGUUGGCUGUAUUCAUCCCCGCCUGACUUUGUCACCACCUUUUGGUUUGGAAAACUUCUCCUCCUGGCUGAAAAAUACAACUAUUCUCUAUAAAAACACAUUUCACUAAAAUGCAGUUCCAAGAAGUGUCGCCCCCUGCAGGCACUACUGGCUACAUCUCAAUUUAUCUCAACAAGAUUUUUUAAAUUGCAGCCUGUUUCCAUAAAUGCAUUUAUUUUGUACUUGCAUAUGUUCUCAAAUUUGCAUCAUUUCUGAACUUGCAGACUAUUUCUAUUCAUGGAAAUCUUUGGGCCUAAGCAAUGUGUUUUUCCCUUCUCAGCCAACAUAGUUCAACUUUGGAGAAAGCCAAUGGUAACUGAGAAAAAAACCUUGACAGUAGGUUUUUUUGUUUAACAGUAAGAAAAAUCCAUUGAAGGUCAGAGGAAACAAUGUCUGCACUUGGAUAACCUUAGAGUUAAGGAAUAUACAUUCAGUCAUCACAAAGUGAAACAGAAAUAGAUGAAGCAGGCGGAGAGAGAGAGAGAGUGAGUACUCCAGGAAAAUAAAUCCAACUCUUUAAACCCCCAAAAAAGAAUCCCAGACUGCGUCAGAAAUGUUCCCUUCACGGUGUAUAAAAAUGAGCCUCUGUGAUGGCUGCAUUUGUAAAUUGGCGUUAAAUCUGCAGCUCAUGGUGCUCUGAAUUAGGCGUCUCACACACACCUUAAGAUGGCGCUCACCAUGAACUGUGUUCAGAUCUUUUCUUAGUGCUUCUAUCACUGCUAAGACCAUGAAUCAGCACCAGGGACACUGCAAGGCAGUAGUAGCUUGGCAACAAAUUAUAUAUAUAUAUGAGUGUGAGAGAGGAAAAGAAGAGGUAGUAUUUGAAGUUUAACUGCCCGUAUGGUAAUAUUUUUAUCACUCCAACUGCAGAGUGAGAGCUGAGUGGCUUCAUGUCGACUCCUCUUUAUCACUGAUAAGAAGAGAAAGGGUAGAGGAUUCUCUCCCAUGAUGCUUCUGUUCUUUUAGUUCAAAGGAAAGUUGCUUUGAAACACAAAUAGAUCGGAAAGGUGGCUUCAUUUUUAUAUCUCAAGAGUGGAUCUCUGAAGUGAUUUAAAAAAAGAAAUCACUCUUUCAAUAUUUCUGCCCAGCCAGCUUCAUUGAUCAGCAAUGAGUCAGACAUCUCUCCAGGGCCUUUUCUUCUAUUUUAUUUUUUCAUGGAUUCACAGGGAAAAACUAGAAGGUGGAAUUCAAGACCAAGACUUGUAUAUUCAAACGUCUGUUCUGAAUCUGGAGACAUAAAUGUGUCACCUCUCCUGCAGAGUGUAGAAAGCGGAAAAUGUUUAAGACAGCCCUGUACAUCUUUGCCGUUGCUGUGGUGACUCACCUCAUAUGCUAUUCGUUGUAACAUCUCGAUAGCAUCUCAAGGUCCAACUAAAGCUUCUUUACCCAAGGAUACAUAAUCUAAAGAAUUAGGUCAUGAGAGAAAUCUGUUAUGGAUUUUUUAUUUUUAUUUGUUAACAUUGGUAAACUACUAAAACUAUAGAGUUUCCCUCAGUUUCAAUCUCCUUUUCUCGCAGCAGAGACAUCAGAUAUGUUGAUGAGGCUCACUCGUUAAUGUCAGACGUGCUCAUGGGAGUUAACAAAGGCAGAAUGGAAGGUGCAACAUACCAUGCAAGGUAGAAAAAAGCUCUCACCCGUCAAAAAGUCUUUGAAUUGCUGCAAACAUACACAAGAAUAAAUCACCCUGACUGUUGGUUAUGUUGUGGUAAUGACAUGCAGUGCUGUAGGAGAUAUUGUUCAUGUGUGGCGUGCUGUAUGUACUCGUGUGCCAUCUCUUUACAGAGCGUCACACAUGUCUGUGUCUAUGUUUGGAAAGUGAGACAUAAGAGUGAGUAAAGAGAUUUACCUGUGGAUGUGUUAAAAACAUGAACAAUGGCUGACCUCAGGGCUUCAUGACUAACUGCUGUAAAAAAUGUUCACUAACUGGAAUAAUCAACACACACUAAUGUACUUCUAUAACCUUAUCAGGUGCUAAGAAAACCCUGUGUAAAAGUGAUAGCAGGCUUAUGUUUGUUGGUGUUGUUGACAGCUCAUCAAAUAAACAGUCAUCUUUUAAGGUCA